AUGGCCACGGGGGGUGUGAUUGCUCCAGGCAGGCACCUCCGUGUCCCCACGGAGACAGCCUGCGAGUGGGGGUACCUGGACGAGCCCACCAGACAGCUCCUCUCCAGCCCUCCCGACCACGUGAAAGGGUUCUUUGACCCCAGCUCCAAGGAAAAGCUGAGCUAUUCGGAGCUGCUCCAGCGCUGCGUCACCGACCCCGGCACGGGGCUCCUGCUGCUGCCGCUCGGUGGGGACGGCGGUGAAGGACCCCAGGGAACCCCCCUCUUCUUCGACCACAGGGCCCAAAUGGCUCUGGAAAACACGCGGGUGCCCAUUUCUGUAGGGAAGUUCAAGGGCAAGUCGGUGUCCCUCUGGAAACUCCUCUUCUCUGACCACAUCCCGGGCGAGCGAAGGGCUGCUCUGGCCCAGCAGUUCCUGUCGGGAGCUCUCUCCACGCAAGGGCUGGGUGAGGCCCUCAGGGCUGCCCUCGAGGAAACGGCUGCCACUGCCAACGUCACCUUCGAGGGCCUGAGGGACCAGGUGACGGCCGACCAGCUCCUGAGCUCGGAAAUUAUCAACAAAGACCUGUUCAAGAAGCUCAAGGAGGGCGAAACGUCGGCCAAAGAAGUCGUGGGCAUGGACACGGUCAGGAAGUACCUGCAGGGCACGGGGAGCAUCGCCGGGCUGCUGCUCCCCGACUCCCAGGAGAAGAUCAGCAUCUACCAGGCAAAGAGGAAAGGACUGCUAAGGCCAGGGACGUCUCUGAUCCUCCUGGAGGCACAGGCUGCCACGGGGUUUGUCAUCGACCCCACUGCCAACAAAAGGUAUUCCGUGGACGAGGCCUUGCGGGCGAACGUCAUCGGCCCGGACGUUUACGACAAGCUGCUGGCUGCGGAGAAAUCGGUCACCGGCUACAGAGACCCCUACUCAGGGAGCAAGAUCUCCCUCUUCCAGGCCAUGCAGAAGGAGCUCAUCGUCAGGGACCACGGGAUCCGCCUGCUCGAGGCCCAGAUCGCCACGGGCGGCAUCAUCGACCCCGUGCACAGCCACCGCAUCCCCGUGGAGGUGGCCUACAAACGGGGCUACUUCGACAAGAAGAUGAAUUUAAUCCUCUCCGACCCCAGCGACGACACCAAGGGCUUCUUCGACCCCAACACCCACGAGAACCUGACCUACCUGCAGCUGAAGGAGAAGUGCAUCACCGAGCCCUCCACCGGGCUCUGCCUCCUCCCUCUGAACAGCAGGAAGCGCCAGUUCAUCGACGAGGCCACCAGGCAGCUGUUCAGGGGCUCCUGGCUGCCCGUCAGGUUCGGGCGCCUGCGGGGGGAGAGGGUCUCUGUGUGGGACCUGCUGAACUCCGAGUACUUCACGUCAGAGCAGAGGAGCGACUUCGUGGAGAGGUUCCGCUCCAAGGAGCUGCCGCUGCAGCAGCUGGUGGCUCUCGUGCUCCGGCUCGUGGGGGACAUGGAGAUGAAGGCCCGGACCCAGAUCUCCCUGGAGGGCCUGCGGGGCAGCGUCCCCGUGGUCUGGCUGCUGGACACUGGCAUCAUUUCUGAGAAGACGUUUGAGGAACUGGCUCAGGGCAUAAGAACCCCCGAGGAAGUGGCUGCCAUGGAGAGCGUGAAGAGGUACCUGCAGGGCACGGGCAGCAUCGCCGGCGUCUUCAUAGAGGCGUCCAAACAGAAGAUGAGCUUCUAUGACGCCAUGAAAAACAACCUCCUCCUCCCUGGGGCUGCUCUGAGGCUGCUCGAGGCUCAGGCAGCCACGGGAUACCUGACUGACCCCGCAACGAACCGGAGGCUCAGCGUGAGGGACGCCGUGAGAGCGGCUGUCGUGGGCGAGGAGCUCACCGAGAAACUCCUCCUCGCCGAGCGGGCCGUGACGGGGUACCCGGAUCCCUACACGGGGAGCUCCAUCUCCCUGUGCCAGGCGCUCAGGAAGGAGCUGAUCCCCCUGGCAGAGGCGGUUCCCUUGCUGGAGGCCCAGCUGGCCACGGGAGGGGUGGUCGAUCCCAUCCACCACCUCCACCUGCCGCUCCAGGCCGCGUGCAGGUACGGCUUCUACGACGAGGGCAUGAACCAAACCCUGUCUCAGCUGAACGACAGCACCAAGGUCUUCUUUGAUCCCAACACCAAGGAGAACGUGACCUACCAGCAGCUGAAGGAGCGGUGCGUCCGCGAUCCUGAGUCGGGGCUGUGGCUCCUCCCGCUGUCGGAGAACUCCAUGUUCUGUGUGGAUGAGCAGACCAUGGAAGUGCUGAAAUCUGUGACCGUCUGCGUCAACGUGGGGCGGUUCAAGGGACAGACGGUGUCUGUCUGGGACCUCCUCAACUCCGAAUACUUCUCAGACAGCAAGAGAAGGGAGCUGGUGCAGAAGUACAAAGAUGAGAAGGCCGAAGUGCUGCAGGAGAUCACAACGAUUAUCACCACGAUCAUCCAGGAGACGGAGGCACAGGGCAAGAAGUUUGCGUUCCAGGGCCUGAGGAAAAGAGUAUCUGCCAGUGACCUCUUCCAGUCCCAACUCAUAGACAAAAAGACCCUCGAUGAGCUCAACCAGGGGAAGAAAACAGUCAAAGAAGUCACUGAGAUGGAGUCUGUCCGCAGGUACCUGGAGGGCAGCAAUUUCAUAGCAGGGGUCCUCAUACAGCCAAGCAACGAGAAGAUGAGCAUCUACCAGGCCAUGUGGAAGGGCAUCCUGAGGCCAGGGACUGCCCUGGUGCUGCUGGAGGCUCAGGCAGCCACCGGCUACAUCAUCGACCCCGAGAAAAACCAGAAGUUUUCCGUGGAGGAAGCGCUAAAGGAGGGUCUGAUCGGAGGGGAGAUCUUUGAAAAGCUGCUCUGCGCAGAGCGGGCCGUGACGGGCUACACCGACCCCUACACCAAAGCCCCGAUGUCCCUGUUCGAAGCCAUGAACCAGGGGCUGAUUGUGAAGAGCCACGGGAUCCGCCUGCUCGAGGCCCAGAUCGCCACCGGCGGCAUCAUCGACCCCGUGCACAGCCACCGCCUGCCCGUGGAGGUGGCCUACAAACGGGGCUACUUCGACCAGGAGAUGAACCAGGUCCUGUCCGACCCCAGCGACGACACCAAGGGCUUCUUCGACCCCAACACCCACGAGAACCUGACCUACAUGCAGCUGCUGGAGAGGUGCGUCCAAGACCCCGAGACCGGGUUGUACAUGCUGCAGGUUGUAAAGGAAGGAGGGAAGUACUUCUACAUCGACGAGUCCACAAAACAGGCUUUGCGCUCCAAGCCCCUCCAGGUGAAGGUUGGGAAGUUCAAGGGCCAAACGGUUUCCGUCUGGGAAGUGCUCUGCUCUCACUACGUCUCGGAGCAGAAGAGGAAAGAGCUGGUGAUGCAGUACAAAAGCAAAACCCUGACCCUGGAAAACCUGAUAUCCCUCAUCCUAAAAAUCAUCGAGGACACGGAGCAAAGAGCAGAAGCCCUCAAGGUCAGAGGACUGCGGGGGGGGGAGGUGUCGGUGUCAGAGCUGUUCAGCUCCGAGAUAAUCGACAGGAAAACCCUGGACCAGCUGCACGAUGGGAGUCUCACACUGGCCGCCCUCACAAAGAGGGACAGCGUCCAAAGGUACCUGGACGGCACCGGGAGCAUCGCCGGGGUUCUUCUCCCACCCAGGAAGGAGAAGAUGAGCAUCUACCAGGCGCUGAAGAGGGGCCUCCUCACAGAGCAGUGUGCGCUGGGGCUGCUGGAGGCACAGGCGGCCACCGGCUUCCUCAUCGACCCCCUGAGCAAGCAGAGGCUCUCGGUGGACGAGGCCGUGGCGUCUGGGCUGGUGGGCAGCGAACUGCGCGAGCCGCUGCUGCUGGCAGAGAAAGCCGUGACGGGAUACACGGAUCCUCAAACGGGAGAUAAAAUAUCCCUCUUCCAGGCCGUGAGGCAGAAGAGAACGGUCAGGGACCACGGCAUCCGCCUGCUCGAGGCCCAGCUCGCCACCGGCGGCAUCGUCGACCCCGCGCACGGCCACCGCCUGCCCCUGGACGUGGCCUAUCGGCGCGGGCACCUGGACGAGGACACGUUCCUCCUGCUCUCGGACCCGGACCACGGCAGCAAAGGCUUCAUAGACCCCAACACUCGCGAGAAGAUCAGCUACAGUCAGCUCCUGCAGAGGUGCGCCAAGGACAGGGAGAGCGGCCUGUUCCUGCUGCAGGACAGAAGUGAUGUCUGGUUCCAGGGAAUCCGCCAACAAAUAACAGCGUCAGAACUGCUCAGUGCCCAGAUAAUUACAGAGGAAACCAUAGAAAAACUCCACGAGGGAAAAGAGACGGCUCAGGAAAUAGCACAGAUGGACAGUGUGAGGAGAUACCUCGAGGGAACCGGAAGCAUCGCCGGCGUGCUGGUGCCCUCCAAGGCCGACCCCGGCAGGAUGGAGAAGAUGAGCAUCUACCAGGCCAUGUGGAAGGGCAUCCUGAGGCAGGGCACGGCCCUGGUGCUGCUGGAGGCGCAGGCGGCCACGAUCUCCCUCUUCCAGGCCAUGCAGAAGGAGCUGAUCGUCAGGGACCACGGCAUCCGCCUGCUCGAGGCCCAGAUCGCCACCGGCGGCAUCAUCGACCCCGUGCACAGCCACCGCCUGCCCGUGGAGGUGGCCUACAAACGGGGCUACUUCGACCAGGAGAUGAACCAGAUCCUGUCCGACCCCACUGACGACACCAAGGGCUUCUUCGACCCCAACACCCACGAGAACCUGACCUACCUGCAGCUGCUGCGCCGCUGCGUCCCCGACCCCGACACGGGGCUUUAUUUCCUUAAAGUUCUUAGAUAA